GACGGUAGACCAAACGGCUGCCGUUACCAACCGCAGAAAGCAAAAACCAUCGACGAAGAACUCCCCAAAUUAAGGAGGAAGAAGAACCUGUGGCACGGGUCUUGGUCUACUUUCACAUGAUUCUCAAUACGCUACACCAUCGAUCAUUCCAGCUAGCCACUCAUAGAAGGAUUUAGGAUAAGUUGUUGCACGUGUAGUCUCUGAGGAAACCAAUUCACUUGAGUGAGACAGAGGAGUGUAAAUAACCUGUGGCGCAAAUAACCUGUGGCGCCCAAUUAUGGAAGACCCUACGCCGCUCAACGAAGAACCAGCAACGUCCAAACAAAUUACAUACUCCGGCGAGAACUCAGAGACUAUGGCCCAUUCACGAUGAGCAGACAUGGCGUCAUUUUUUCCGGAUCGCUAAAAAUGAGUAUGAGGAGUUGCACAUUUACGUGGAAGCUUCAGCGACCCCGCCACAAACUUUGACGUUCCACGGAACUCCCAGAGAGGAAGGCCCAUCAUCCGUAUAUGGUCGGAGGAACAACCGCCAAAUGUUUCAGAACUACGAAUCUCCUGAGCAAGAGCCUAGCCAGUUGGAUCAAGAAUCCCCACUUAAUCCCAAGCAAGAGCACCUACUAGCAAAUCAAAAUUUGUGAUCUGCCAAAUUUCCAGGAAUUUCAAAUGGAGCAAAACAUUCCGCGCCCAGGGCCUGUUAACCGUUCACUACUCACGUUGCCACUGCGUGCCCAUCGUGCGGACCGUAUAUGGUAUGAACCGAAUUCCAAAGACUCGUGCUUGAAAUGCGUCAGUUGCCCUUCAGCUGCAUUCGGAGUUGAAGAGCGAGAUCCAAGAGUGAUAGGUAUGUUAGCAUAUGCUGGCUUCUUGGGGGUAGAGCACAUUGCCCGUAUGAAGGUGGAUCAUAGUUUAAUAUGCGCUUUGGUGGAGAGAUGGAGGCCGGAGACACAUACUUUCCAUCUACCAUUCGGUGAGGUCGGCAUUAGUCUACAAGAUGUGGCGAUGAUCCUUGGUUUGCCCAUUCGGGGUAUGCCCCUCAGUGGUCCAACCGUUAAGGGUAAGGCUCAGUGGAUCGACCUGUGCACGCAGUCGUGUGGUUUCACUCCUCUAGAGACUGAUAUGCGCACGGGGUGAUAUCACCAUGAGUGCUCUUACCCGUCACCAGAUCCUACAUGACAGUACAGACGAAGAGGUCACCGAACACACCAGAACCCUAAUAUGGCAAUUGCUUGGAGGCCUUUUGUUCCCUGACACGAGUGAGACAAGAAUACGAUUAUACUUUUUGGAGGUCUUGCAGGGUAACUUGGCUUUAGCCCGUCGAUGGAGUUGGGGAUCAGCGGUUCUCGGGUACCUCUACCAUAACUUGUGCAACGGCGCCAAGUGGGAAACCAAACAAGUUGGCGGUUGUAUGCACUUGUUACAGAUUUGGGCUUGGUCGAGGAUUUCGAUGGUCCGUCCCUCAGUAGUUCAGGUCAUUCAACAUGACCAUCUUCCAUAUGGGUGCAGGUGGAUCGUGCCCAAGUCAUAUAAGGGAUCCCCAAGACACUGCAUACGCCUGUACCGGGAUGACCUAGACCGAAUGAGUGAGAGUCAGUUUGAUUUCACUCCCUACGCGUUCGAGGAACUCCCACCUAUCAUCCUUAAUGACGCUCCGCUUUGGUCGGCUAGGGUCAUGCUCAUAUUUUGCAAUAUGGCCGAAAUGCAUUACCCCGAUCGAUUUCUUCGGCAGUUCCAUAUAAGGCAAGAUACUCCGGAUGCUCCUUUGGCGGGUACUGAUCAUCACGGCAAUCGUUCCAACAUAGUAACCGGUGCCUUGGCGUUGUGGGCGGACAUACAACAUAAUAUAUACUUUCUUGAUUAUGAUCGACAUAUGUCCGUCGAAGCAACUAAGAGGUACCGAAAAUGGUACCAGAAGCAUGGUAUGACACGUGUCCAGAACCCUUCUCACAAUGUGCCCACGACAGGCUACAUCCCGACAUCACACGAUUGGGGUAUUGUGAGGCAGGGCUUUUACGAGCUGAAUCAGCUCUUAGCCGACCGCGCAAGUCAUGAGGACUGUCAAAAACGACUACAGCGGAUGGCCCUGGACGUAGGCGAUGAAGAGAUGCUCCGCCGGGGCAUAUUCCAUUAUGAAGAUGAAGAUGAAGAUGAAAGUGGAAGUGAUGAAGAGGAUGAUGCAGAUGAACACGAAGGUGGGGGUGAGCACUCACAAUCGCCCCCUCAAUUUUCAACACGUGAGGGUGUCUCAUUUGAUCAACCACCCCCUCAAUUCUCAACGCAUCAAGGUGUCUCAUUUGAUCAACCACCGCCGUAUUAUGAUUCUUAUCAGUACUCCACACAAGCGGUUGAUUAUGUUGAUUCAUUUCUGGAUUCGUCGUCGUUUUACUAUGGAGACACAAUGGGCCUUGGAACACUAGCGGUGGGGACGGAGCAGGACCGAGC